ACUCCUGUCUACCGAUGUUCUUCCACUAUCGUCGCCCUCGACUGCGUCGUUGGGGUAGUUACGGCUCCUGGACACCUGUGGGAGCGGAGGGAGAGCAGGUGGAUGUCCGCUGUGCCCUGGUGGGUCCUGCAGAGAACUACACCAAACGGAAACACGUGCUGCGGGUCAACACAUUAGCAGGAUCCGAACUGCUGCUACAAGCCGCCGAUGCAGGACAGAUGGCUCGGUGGAUCGAGGCUCUAGAAGAGCAGGCCAACAAUAACAACAGUCAGAAUCUGAGUGGUACCAGUCUAUCUCCGGCCUCUGCGCAGAAAGGUCUGCGUAAACUGACGAGUCUGCGGAACAGAUCACCCACUGGCCAGUCGCCUGUGAAUAAAACUCGCAAGCCCAGUCAGCAAGUGGUGGAGGGUGUGCCGUCACCCAAAAGCAAGACAUGGAAGGGUCGAGUGGCCAAACAGCUCAGGAGGAUACAGCAUAGCGGCUCUCCUGUCUCUCCUACAGCCACCACCCCCCAUCCUGAGGGGGCCACCAUCGGUGUACCAUUAGAGGAGUGCCCACCGUCUGCAAUCAACGAGUUUGUGCCUCUGUUAGUGGAGAUGUGCACCGGCAUCGUAGAAGCAAGAGGCCUGGAGAUCAUUGGCAUUUACAGGGUACCAGGUAACACAGCUGCCGUGUCGUCACUGACCGAGGCAGUCAACCGAGGCCUGGAACCUGGGAUACUGGCUCAGGAUCAGCGUUGGACCGACGUUAACGUAAUCUCGUCGCUGCUUAAGAGCUUCUUCCGGCGACUACCCGACUGUCUGCUCACCACCACCGAGCUCUACCCGAGCUUCAUCCGAGCAGACAAGAUAGCAGACCCCCACCUGCGCAUGGCCACCAUACGCAGACUGGUGCAUGAUCUGCCCGACCACCACUACGAGACACUCAAGUACCUGUUGCUGCAUCUCAAGAAGGUGGUGGAACACGCAGCCACCAACAAGAUGGAGGCUCGGAACCUAGCCAUCGUGUUCGGCCCCACCCUGGUGAGAGCGGCGGACGACAACAUGGUCACCAUGGUAACGGACAUGAGCCAUCAGUGUCGCAUCGUCGAGACCCUCAUACUGCACGUGGACUGGUGCUUUGGUGAUGAGACCGUCGAGAGGUUGACACUGGAGGGUGUGGAGGGGGGAGGGGUGGAGCCUGACCCAGCAGUGGCCAAUCACAAUCUCCUGCUCGGCAACAUACACAAAGUGGAGGGCAUGGGGAGGGAACUGUCGGCACGAGACAUUGUGUCCUCCAUCAUUUGUGCAGCUAACCGCAAGAUGAUGAAGAGCAAGACGAGGAAGACGCACGCAGAAGACAACACGGACCACUCUGCCGAGAGCAAACAGAGACUGGAAAUGAAGAGCAAGCAACAGCACCGCAAGGAGAGGCUAGCCUCAACGGAGGAUGCGAGUAGUACAGAGGCCGGCCACCCCGGUGGUCUGCCUGCCGCGAGUCUGCCUGCGGCCCCUCAGCCUACCAGCCUACCCGACAACGUGGCUGCAAGCGAGGAGCAGGCGGUGCGGCCGCAGUUGGAUGACGGAACGAUACGCACUUACGCAGGACUGUCUGCUACUACGCAAGAAAGGAUACGACGAUUUGAACUGGAGACGAAAGCUAUGCUGCACAGAGAUUCGGCGAGGAUACGACGUCUAGAGCCAGACUCCGAGAGAGAGCAAAGCAAGCGAGAGCUGGAGAUGGAUGACCACACCAACCCAUCAGCUAUCGUGAAGAAGAUAGCAGAGUCGGGUCGACCGGUGAAACCUCUGGCGAUAGUCCCCCCCUCUACUGGGCGGGGCCGGCACAAGGAGGAAGGAGGGGCAGGGGCACUGCGGCGGGGCUCGUCGGCGGAGAACGUCAACCUACCGACAGAGAAACAAGCCAACGGGAACCUCAAGCGGUUCAAGUCUGGAAAGGAGCAGGGGGAGCCAGGUCUUGGACGUUGUGGCUCUCUGGACUCCCUCCAUGACCUGACAACCGUCAGAGCGACCGCCCAGCCAUGUGGUGAUCUACUAGUCAGCCUCACCUCAACAUUCGACGCCAAGCUGCGCUCACUCCUGUCCACGGGGGCCACCGAGCGCACUCCUUCCCCCGCCCCCUCUCAUCACCUCUUCUCUGACCCUAGCCUCCACAAAGCUUCUGACAAGGAGGGAAAAGAAGAGGAAUCGAAAGAGGAGUGUUGCGAUGAAAAGGAUAAGUCCAACUCCACCAACUUGUUAACACAAACUGCUGAGGCCCUGAAGGAUAUGGACGGCGAGACGAAAACGGUGCGGCUAAACCGAUCCGAGUCUAUGAACCGGGAUGAGCGAACGGUCUUUCGAUCCGAGUCACUCAAGAGCGACUCAGGUAAACUGCGCCGCUCAGAGUCGCUCAACAAGGAGAAACUGAAACGAAGUGACUCGUUGACAAAAAACGAAAAGACGGAAUCGAACUUGAACAAGCGGCGCCAACUGGAGGCGGGGAGGUGGCUGAAGAGGAAGACCGGCUCUGCGGUGGACCGGAGCAUCAAACGAAGACACACGGUGGGUGGCACUAAGGACUUUGAUAAAACCAACUGGCUAGACAACAGGCAGCGGGAGGCGGAGGAAGAGGGGAAGAAAGAGCGGCGGACCAGCUCCCCCGACCUGAGCUCCUCGCGGCUUGCGGCGAUUGUCAUCCUGAGACCUCACAGCUUUGCGGAGCCAGAACGACUCUGCGGCGUACCCCUCGAGUCCCAUGUGUAACGUAGCACAGCGAAUACCACACGUAUUUUUUUGUAAGAAGAGUAAACCCAUAGGGUUGUUCACAAAUUUCCUUCUUCGGAAGAAGAAAUAAAGCAAAUACGGUACAUAGUAUUUAGUACGAUUUUUUUACCUGAGAUAAUUAUUUUGUUGAAAUUUACCACAUAGAACUUAGCAUAAAAAAGAACUUUGUUGUGCAAUUUAGUACAAAAUGCAAGAUCAUAACGUACCAUAGUCGUUACCAAUUAUUUAGUUGUUUCAACUCUCCUCCUUUCCAUCAUUUGUAGAAAACCUUAAAAUCUGAGAUAGUUGGUCUUGUUGAAAACAUUGUUAUGCUACUGUGAUAUUGAAGCAUUUAAAAUUUGCAUUUAAAAAAGCAUCUUUAUUCUCAUCAGCAUAUCGAAACAUUUCUUUAUUUAUAAAUCGGAAUAAAAUGUCUUCAAAGCAUAAAUACAGCAUUUAAACAAUUUCAGUGAAGAGUUGAAGCAAUGUUAAAUAGCAUACUUACUAUGAGUAACCAAUUGAUGAGCUUAAAGAUAUCGUGUUAGCAUUAUUUAGAGUGCAGUGAUCUCAUGCUACAACCAGAAUACGGGCAGUAAAAGGUAGAUAAACUUUUAUUUAUAAGUAGCAGAGUUUCAAUACUUCAAUUAUUUUCCUCCUUCCUUUCAUUCAUAUCAACUUUUUAAACUUGAAGUACAACUGUGAAAAAAUUGUAUUUAUCUAAAACAAAUAUAAUCUCUGUGUACCAAAGCAUCCGAUGUAGGAUGUGAAUAAUAAUUUUGAACGUAUUAAAUAAAGAUAUAUUUUUUACCCAAAAUCGACUAUUAGUGUUUUAAAAAGAUUAUUUAAUUAAUUUUUUAUAACUAAUGGUAAUUUAAUUCAAUAUUAUUACUUCAAUGAUUAACAAUAUUUUAACCCUUUGAGGCCAAAGCGUAAAAAAAGGUUACUAACUAUUUUCAACACCAUUUUAUUUUAUAGAUUGCACUCAAAUGUAAAUAAAAAUGGUAGUUUUGCUGUCUUCGGAAAACAAUUUUAGAAUUUACUUAUUUUUCCACCAAAAUAUUUCUGCCUUGCUAUAAAAAAAUUUUUAAUGAAUGUAUAUGAUUUUAACAAGAAUCACUUUUUUGAUAGUUUCUUAUUUUAUUCCCUAUAAGCUGCAGAAACAGAACAAUAUUUUAAUAAUGAUAAAAGGCAUUUCAGUUAAAAAUUUGAACCCGCAUUUUUUGACCGUUGUUUCAAGCAAGCUAUAUCAGAGCAGGUAUAUCUAGAGAAGCUUAGAGGAGAUUUUGGGUUGACCCACAAAUAAGGAUGACAAUACAAUUUUAGUGAGACCAAAAUCAAGCUGGAUCUUUGUGUACACAGAAACAAGAUGUAUUGUGUUUUCAGUAAGCCUUUGAUACAAUCAUAUGUUUGAUGAUAAGUUACCUUUUAUUGUCCACCACAUAUCGUGAAGUCACAAUGUUCAGUAACACUAUCGUAUCGAACAGACAUAUCGACAUGAUCUCUCACCUAGCCUGGAAACUUAACAAAACGGAGGCAAACUAGUUGCCGACAAUUGUACGGUCGGCCACUGCAACUCUAACUUAAGAAUUUUAUACUUAGUGUAAGUUCGCAUUUUUAGACAAUUUUUCGUGUUAGUUGUAAUUUUAGCAGCAAUAGCAAAAUACUUAAGAGAAAGACAGUUCUAAAAUGCAUCAAGAAACAUCGCAUAACUUGUAGACAGUAAAUACUUACUUCUGCUUACAUCUUAGAAGGCUUGUAGGAUGGAAAGCUCAAUAUGGUCAACGUUUCCUUCAUCAUUACUGCUCAAAAAAGAUAGAGCCGUCCGCAUUUCCCCGUUAUUUGUCAACCAUCCUUUGUUAAAGGUGAAAUUCCAACCCCCUCUUCUUCCUCCUCUUCUCCUUCUUCGGGUAUCUGCCGAUCUGGUUAAUCUCGUAAAUCUGUAUCCCUUGACUUUGAAUUUCGUUUUUUAUCCUUUUAAUUGCUUUAUUUUCUCCGUCUCUAUUGUACAAAAAGUGUCCUGCAUUUCUCCCCCACCAAGAUCCUCCAAUGCAAGACGGGCCUCAAGAAGAAGAUUCCUUGCCAAUGAUUUGAAGAAGCUACCAGAUUCUCGCUUAAACUCCAUAAAGUGAUGUGUUUUAUUUUUCGGUUGGUGAAGUUUUCUUUCACGGCGUUGGAUGAAAAAAAAAUACACUUUUCAAUCGUAAGACGUACCGGAUAGAGGUUCUCUGCUGUAGGAAUCAACCUUUCCGAAGACCGCAAAUUUUAAAUGGUCAUUACUGUUUCUGCAUUAAGGAUACAGUAUAGACAAUUAUGGUGGUACACCUGACUGUCCUCUUGUAUGCUCAAUCCUGUCCUCGAUUAUCAGAUCAUAUACAGAAUACAUCUUUGUCUUUCGAUUCUUUUUCUGUACUUGCAAUCAUGUUCUUGUUUUUCUUAAUCUAUCCCCUUGAAUACAGACAAAGUCUUGUCUUGCAGUUGUUCAGGUUAUACUUAACGUGACCCAGGUUCAGCAACUUCUGGAGCACUAUGGUGCUAUGUCCACAAGACAAAUCACGGCUUUGCCGGCAAAUCUUUAUUGUUGUUUUCUUUGAUUUUUCUGUAACUAAUAAUUUUGUUAAUGAUGCCAAGUGGGCUUUCAGCCUAUUAGAAUCACAUGCUGUAAAUAUAUAUCACUUUGUAAAGAGGCUAUAUUUAUAUAAAGGGUGGGAUUCUUUAUGUACAUACGUUAUAACUUUGUUGUUAGCAGCUCGUAAAUGGUAGCAGCUCAUCACGGUGAUUGUAGAUAAAUAUCUGGCAAAUUUUCUAGAAUCUUAGCUUUUUAGUGAUAGUGAACAAUUAAUUAAUACAUGUUCCUUACGUUUGGUUGUAUUUUCUUGCCGAAAGAUUAUUAUUAAUUCUCUCAGUUUUUUAUAAUCUAUUAGUUGUUGAGUAAUUCUUAUUUUUAUGUUUUGUCACUAUCGGAAUCCAGUAAAAUUAUUUUGGCAGCAAUAUGUUAAAACCGUGUUGAUAUUCUUUUAUUAGUGCAAAUACGGUUAUAAAGUAUAGUGCAAUAAGCAGUUUAGUUACUUUCUUGUUUUAUUAGAAAAAUGUUUUACAUUGAUCUAUUAUAUUUAUAUUAAGAUUUUAUAAGGAAUAAAGUUACGGGAAAUUGUUUUAAUAGAUAUAGAUGUCAAAGCCGAUUUAAAACAAAAGUCUGUAAGUAGCCGUCACAUUUUGAGUAGACUAGAGUUGCUCUAUUACCAGAUUUAUGGAAGAGAGAAUUUUGCAUUAUAUUAUACGAAAAUCGUAUAUCUUUAAAGAACGUUUUAUAUAAAAGAUAUUGCAUUUCAUCUUUGUUGUACAAGCAUAGCUUGAUAUUGUAAGGACAUUUUUAAUACGAAACAAGAGGUAAUGUACUUUUUUAAAGGAUACAUCGAUCAAGUUCAUGUGCUAUUUGUGAUUUUAGGUUUAGGCCAAAGAGUGUAAAAUCGUGGUGUAAGAUUUAAAAUUAGUUUUAUAAAUAGUUGAUUUGAAGAGUGAUUUAAUUUGAGCAAUUGUGAUGUUUUUGAGCAAAGUGGUUUAUUUUAAAAGUUGUUGUUGUUGUUGGUUGUUUUCAGUUGUCACAGUCUAUCUCUAUAUAUUUGUUCAUUGUGAUUAUUUAUUUAGCCACUUUAUUGUACAUUCUCUCUUAAGAUUAUCAGAUAUAAGAUAAUUAUUGUACUUGUGUAUAAAUGGGACGUGAUAUGUAUGAUUGUACAAAAUGUGUCUGUGUAAAUAAUAAAAUUAUCACCGUC